GUAGUAGUAUUAAUUAAAAUAAAUGAUUUAUAAUCAUUUAAAAUUAAAUAAUUUUUUGUUUAAAGUAAUAUCUCAAAAACAAAAUCUUUUUCGCUUGUUUAUCAAUUGUAAACAUCUGAAUAUUGUAAAGUGGACGUAAAUAUUUUUCACUCAAAAGUGAGGUUAUGUUAUUGUUGUUUAGAUUUACCAGAUUUACAAAUCGCUGAAACACACACAUAAGCUUGCGAGUAUUGAGAAAUCGUUUCCACACAUGAAGGAUUCUUUAAUUAUUGAAAUUUGAAUUUAAAAAAAGAUGAGAAAUUACGCAACAAAUUCGGCACUAGAAUGACAUUGAAAAGUUCAUCUCAGAAUAAGAAAAGAAAAGUUUUCCAAGAAGAUGGCUUCGCGAAUAGCAGCUAGUGCUACAGUUAGAGCUGUCAAAGGGAGAAAAAUACUUCCCACUCGGGCUGCUCUAGUUCUAACAGCCAAUGCAGUCAAGAAAAUUAAGUCAAUUUUAAAAGAAAAAUCGGACUGUAUUGGUCUUAAGGUUGGAGUCAAGCAACGCGGUUGCAAUGGACUUAGUUACACGUUAGAUUAUGCAAUGGAAAAAAGCAAACUUGACGAAGAAGUCAUUCAGGACGGUGUUCGAGUGAUUAUUGAUAGAAAAGCUCAACUUUCACUUCUAGGCACUGAAAUGGACUUUGUAGAAGAUAAAUUGAGUUCCGAAUUUGUAUUCAACAAUCCAAAUAUUAAAGGAACUUGUGGUUGCGGAGAAAGCUUUUCUGUAUAAAUUAUAUAUAUAUAUUUUAGUAAUUGAAAAUUAUGUACAAAAGUUGAAAUGAAUUUCUAGUGUGUCACUCAAUUAUAGAUCAACGUAAAAGUAUUAUUUUUAAUUAUUACAACCUGCAAUGGCAAGUAAAUUAAUUAAUAACUUCUAUUUUUACUACGUUCCUUAAUAUGUAUACAUAGCUGAUUGCUUUCUCAAAGGAGCAAGUGAAUAAACAUAGCCGCAUAGGAACUUAAAAUCUCAGUUUUAAACUUAUUCAGUACUUCGAUUUCGUUAAGUAGAUAUUAUUAAGAAUUCAAAGAUACUGUUUGACUAUAGGUUUGUUAAUGUCAUUUGUUGUGAAUUUAGUAGUUCUUAUGUUAAUUGUUUUGUGAGCUACUAGAAAAAUAAAUAUCAAUUUCUGAUA